AUGUCUGACGCCGCCGUUGUUGAAGCCACCGCCUCCCCAGUUGCCGCUGUUGAGAAAAAGGCACCAAAAAAAGCCGCUGCCAAAGCAAAGAAGCCAUCAGCUGCCCCUACCCACCCUCCAACCCAGCAAAUGGAACCCAAAGCCAAGACUGCUGAAAAGAAGAAGAAGGCCCAGCCGCUGGUGAUAAAAAGAAGAAGGCUGCCGCCCCUAAAAAGGCCGGGUGAGAAGAAGGCAGCUGCCAAAAACACCUCUGCCGCCAAGAAGACCGCUGAAAAGAAGAAGGCCGACAAAACAAAGGCAAAGGCUGCCAAGAAAACCGGUACAGUUAAAGCUAAACCAGCAAAGACCGCCGCCAAAGCAUCUGCCACUAAACCAAAGGCACCCAAGGCAAAAACUGCAGCUGCUAAGCCAAAAAAAGGCGCAGCAGCAAAGAAGCCAGCUGCUAAGAAAACCGCCGCCAAGAAGUCAUAA